CAUUUAAAUAUGUUGAUUCGGAACUGAAUUUAUUUCUUCGUAGUCUUCAGCAAGAGCAGCAAUAUGAUCACCUCGAAAAUUAUUAUGGUUGCGUUAGUUGUUUUGACUAUAUUAGCAUUUGUAAGGGCCCGUAACAUCGUGAACACUGUUCAAGAUCCUUUUUCAUCGGAAAUGUUUUCUAAAGAAAUUGCAGUACAUAGUAACCGUCACUCUAGAGGCCUAAACGAUCUCUUCGAUUGCGAUAAAAGUGCGGCAGGUGUUUGGAAGUGUAUCGGUUUAUGUGCUGGAAUGAGUCUAGCUGGAAUGACAGGUGAAUGCAUACAUGGAAGAUGCGAGUGCAGAGAAGUUGUUGUGCCUGGAUUUGGUCCGUAAAUUAAUGACUCAAAUUGUAUGUGAGUUUCAGAAAUAAAAAACUGUAAAACUAAAAAAAUUGUAUUGUGUUUCGAUGAAAAAUGUAAAAAAAAA